AUGCACCCCGGCUCCCUGCAGACAGACCCCAACUUCCUCCUCGUGGACAACAAGAGCUGUUGCGUGUUCCGGAAUGGGCUGAUCGCCAGCGUGCUGCCGCCCGUGCUGGCCCUGGAGUUCGUGCUUGGGGUGCUGGGCAACGGGCUGGCCCUGUGGAUCUUUUGCUUCCACCUCAAGUCCUGGAAGCCCAGCCGCGUCUUCCUGUUCAACCUGGCCGUGGCCGACUUCCUCCUCAUCAUCUGCCUGCCCUUCCUCACCGACAACUAUGUACGCAGGUGGGACUGGAGGUUCGGGGACCCCGCCUGCCGGCUGAUGCUCUUCAUGCUGGCCAUGAACCGCCAGGGCAGCAUCAUCUUCCUCACGGUGGUGGCCGUGGACCGGUACUUCAGGGUGGUGCACCCCCACCACGCCCUCAACAAGAUCUCCAACCGCACGGCCGCCGGCAUCUCCUGCGUCCUGUGGGGCGUCACUAUCGGCCUCACCUGUCACCUCCUCUACAAGAAGCUGCUGACGGAGAACCGGGGGGCCUACCUGUGCAGCAGUUUCAGCAUCUGCAAGGCCUUCGGCUGGCACGACGCCAUGUUCCUCCUGGAGUUCUUCCUGCCGCUGGCCAUCAUCCUCUUCUGCUCGGCCCGCAUCGUCUGGAGCCUGCGGCGGCGGCAGAUGGACAGGCACGCCAAGAUCAAGAGGGCCAUCCGCUUCAUCCUGGUGGUGACCGUCGUCUUCGUCAUCUGCUUCCUGCCCAGCGUGGCCGUGCGCGUGGGCAUCUUCUGGCUCCUGCGCACGGUGGGCGUGCAGGCCUGCGAGCCCUACCACGCCGUCGACCUGGCCUUCUUCAUCACCCUCAGCUUCACCUACAUGAACAGCAUGCUGGACCCGCUCGUCUAUUACUUCUCCAGCCCGUCGUUCCCCAACUUCUUCUCCACCAUCUACAGCCGCUGCCUCAAGAAGGCGCCAGGCGAGCCGGACGCCAACCGCAGCACGAGCGUGGAGCUGACGGAGGAGCUCAGCACCACCAGGAACGUGCCGGAAGCCUUGAUGGCCGGCUCCGGAGCGCCGUGGGCCCCCCGUGAGUGA